CCAUCGAACGCGGGAAAGUCCAAGAUGGCGGACUAAGCGGCGUGGCUUUCCGGGGAAGUUUCACAUUUAGGAUCUUAUAGAUUCAAAAAUAGCAUCAAAUACUUCAACUUUUCACAUUUUCUUAAGCCCAUUAAACGGACUUUGAGUGUGGAGCGACGGCGUGUUACCUGAAGUGAAGAUUGAAGACGUGAUAGAAGAUGGACGACUACUGCUACGCUAAGUUGGCGACGUCAUGUCAAAGAGAAAGUGAAAGAGAAUCAACGGAGAACAAACUGAAAAGCGGAGAUGAAGACGUCCAGCAGCUGAUUGGUCGUCCAGAAGAACUUCCCCCUCAGUUAGUAGAGAGUUUCACUUUGAAGCAGGAGAUUCCACAACCACCCUGCAUUAAAAAGGAAGAGGAGGAACUCUGCAUCACUCAGGAGGGAGAGUGUCUUCUAGGACCACAGGAAGCUGGUCUCACCAGGUUCCCACUGACUGUUGUCUUUGUGAAGACUGAAGAUGAUGAAGAGAAACCACAAGUAGACAACCUCUUAGCUCCACUAUCAGAUAGUGAGGCUGAAGACGAGGUUGAAGAACCUUUGAGCAUCAAAACCAACUCUGAAGACGUCCAGCAGCUGAUGGGUAAUCCAGAAGAAGUUUCCCCUCAGUCAGGGGGGAGCUCCACUUUGAAGCAGGAGACUCCACAACCACCCUGCAUUAAAAAGGAAGAGGAGGAACUCUGCAUCACUCGGGAGGGAGAGUGUCUUCUAGGACGAGAGGAAGCUGAUUACACCAAGUUUCCACUGACUGUUGUCUCUGUGAAGACUGAAGAUGAUGAAGAGAAACCACAAGUAGACAACCUCUUAGCUCCACUAUCAGAUAGUGAGGCUGAAGACGAGGUUGAAGAACCUUUGAGCAGCGAUACAGACUGUGAAGGUGAAGAGAAACCACAAGAAGACAACCUUUUAGCUCCACUAUCAGAAAGCGAUUCUGAAGACGGGUUUGAGGAACCGUUGAGCGGCGAUCCAGACUGGGAAGGUGACAUAAGGACUCACACUAACAACAAACGGCCUGAAUGCGCUGACCAAAAGAGAGGUAAAAAAGGUUUCAGCUGCUCAAUUUGUGCGAACAGCUUUUCAAGAAGGAGCAAUUUGACUCAACACAUGAAAACACACAAAGGAAGGAAAACAUUUAAUUGCUCAGUUUGUGGUAAAAUCUUUGUUUCCAAAGGAGGUUUGACCAAACACCUAUUGACGCAUACUGGACUAAAACCAUUUAAUUGUUCAGUUUGCAGUAAAAGCUUUUCUUAUCACAGCAGUUUGACUGAACACAUGAGAACACACACGGGAGAAAAACCAUUUAAAUGCUCAGUUUGCGAUAAACGUUUCCGUCAAAAAACUAACUUGACAAAACACAUGAGAUUACACACAGGAGAUAAAAAAUUCACUUGCUCGGUUUGUGGCAAGAGCUUUUCUUAUAAGAGCAAUUUGACGCAACACACGAGAACACACACGGGAGAGAAAGGAUUUGAUUGCUCGGUUUGUAGUAAAAGCUUUUUGCUAAAGAGCAAUUUGACAAAACAUCUGAGAACACACACUGGGGAGAAACGAUUUAAUUGUUCAGUUUGUGGUAAAAGCUAUUCGCAAAAGAAUGGUCUGAUUCCACACAUGAGAACGCACACAGGGGAGAAACCGUUUAAUUGCCCAGUUUGUGGUAAAAUUUAUGUUUCCAGACAAGGUUUGACUCAACACAUAAUGACACACACAGGACUUCAUCCGUUUAGUUGUUCAAUUUGUAGUAAAUCUUUUACUCAGAAGAGCAAUUUGAAUGAACACAUGAGAACACACACGGGAGAAAAACCUUAUAACUGCUCAGUUUGUGGUAAAGGAUUCUGUCAAAAAUCCAAUUUGGCAAAACACCUGAGCUCACACACUGGAGAGAAAAAAUGUAUCUGCUCAGUUUGUGGUAAAAGCUUUUCUCUUAAGUGCAAUUUAACCCAACACAUGAGAACACACACGGGAGAGAAACCAUAUAAUUGCUCAGUUUGCGGUAAAAGCUUUUUGCAAAAGAGCGCUUUGAAGCCACACAUGAGAACGCACACAGGAGAAAAACCAUUUAAUUGCUCUGUCUGCGGUAAAAUCUUUGUUUCCAAAAAAGGUUUGACAAAUCACAAAAUGACACACACUGGACUUAAACCAUUUUGUUGUUCCGUGUGUGGUAAAAGCCUUUCUGGGAACAGCUGUUUAACUCAACACAUGAGAACACACACUGGAGAAAAACCAUUUAACUGUUCAGUUUGUGGUAAAAGCUUUUCUCGGAACAGCCAUUUGAUGGAACACAUGAAAAGACACGCCAGAGAAAAAGCGUUUAGUUGUUCAGUGUGCUGCAAAGGGUUUAAUCUCAAAGCAGACGCGGUAAGACACAUUCAAACACACAAGGGGGAGAGGAACCAGUUAGCUGUUUAGUUAGUGGUAUGUUGCUCAUAUGUGGCACAUACACCUAAAGCCAGGACUUCCAAAUAGGUCCGUUGCUUUUUUCACAAAUAUCAGGCAUCUUAAAUUUCUGCAAGAACGCCGAAAUACGCAUUUUCAAACAUUCUCUUUUUUUUUAUCAGAAUAUGACUUUAUUGUUUUGUUUAAAGGAGGAACAUUAUCAGCAGACCUAUGUAAGCGUCAAUAUAUACCUUGAUGGUGCAGAAAAAAGACCAUCCAUUUUUUUAACCAAUUUCCGAACUCUAAAUGGGUGAAUUUUGGCAAAUUAAACGCCUUUCUGUUUAUCGCGCUGGAGGCGAUGACGUCAGAAUGCGACGUCGCCGAGGUAACACACCCACCCUUUUCAUUUUCAACACAUUACAGCUCUGUUAUUUUCCGUUUUUUUGACUAUUUUUUGGAACCUUGGAGACAUCAUGCCUCGUCGGUGUGUUGUCGGAGGGUGUAACAACACUAACAGGGAGGGAUUCAAGUUGCACCACUGGCCCGAAGAUGCCAAAGUGUCUGCCGCCAGACCCCCAUUGAAUGUACCAGAGUGUCUCCACAUUUGACCGGAGAUGCUAAGGCAGACAUGGCACAGAGAUGUAUGGAUAACCUGCAGAUGCAUUUGCAACGAUAGUCAACGAUAUCACAAAGGUGAGUUUUGUUGAUGUUGACUGCCAGCUAGUCGAUGCUAACAUGCUAUGCUAAUCGAUGCUAACAUGCUAUUUACCGGCGGUGCUAAAGCAGACAUGGUACAGAGAUGUAUGGAUAACCUGCAGAUGCAUUUGCAACGAUAGUCAACGAAAUCACAAAGGUGAGUUUUGUUGAUGUUGACUGCCAGCUAAUCGAUGCUAACAUGCUACGCUAAUCGAUGCUAACAUGCUAUUUACCGGCGGUGCUAAAGCAGACAUGGUACAGAGAUGUAUGGAUAACCUGCAGAUGCAUUUGCAACUAUAUUACGUUUCCUUCCACCCACAUUUAAUGCGAAACAAACACUUACCAAUCGACGGAUUUAAGUUGCUCCAGUGUCAAAAGAUGCGAAAGUCCUGAUCGUUUGGUCCGCACAUUUUACCGGCGAUGCUAACGCAGCUAUUCGGCCAUGCUAUGGCUAUGAAUAGCGUCAAUAGCUAUUCGCUCAAUAGCUUCAGUUUCUUCUUCAAUAUUUUCAUACUCCAACCAUCUGUUUCAAUACAUGCGUAAUCUGUUGAAUCGCUUAAGUCGCUGAAAUCCGAGUUUGAAUCCGAGCUAAUGUCACUAUAUCUUGCUGUGGUAUUCCCAUUGUUUGUUUACAUUGGCAGCACUGUGUGACGUCACAGGGAAAUGGCCAGUGUCUUCGCAGAGAGCCGAAAAUAAGGCACUUUAAAGCUUUAUUUAGGGAUAUUCCGAGACCGGUAAAAUUUUGAAAAAAACUUCAAAGAAUACAACAAGCCACUGGGAACGGAUUUUUAUUGUUGUUAACCCUUCUGAAAUUGUGAUAAUGUUCCCCUUUAAAAUACUGUUCAAAAUUGUCCAAAGAUGUACUCCACCGAUAAAUGUAAGGAGUUUUUUAUUUUAUUAACAAAAAUCUCAUUAAAUCCUAUUUGACAAAAAAAAAAAAGCAGGCACUUUAUGGUGCUAAAAUUACUGUAAAAGGUAUACAACUGAAUUUAAAACAGAAUAACUUACUUUUAUUCUUUUUUUACAUUGCUAUAGCUAUGUUUUUAUUGGUAAUAGUAUUCUUUUAAUUGUUGUAGCUUAUACGUUACGAAUUUAUAUUUUUUUAUUUUAAAACUAAAGUUGAGUUUAGGUACUAAAGGAGCAGUAUUGCGGAAAAACAAGUCAACUUUAUGUGCUUGUUUGUGUUUCAUUGUAUCCAUUAACCUUUUAAGGCCCAAGCUUUUUGUUUACAUUUUUUUUUUUAUUUCUCUUUGCUAUUUGGGCUUAUUGGACCCUGUCAGGCUUGGACUUGGUCUUGGUUUGUUUUCCCGAGGUGCAAAGCGAAUGGAGUGGAAACGGCGUGAAGGUAAAGACAUCUUUAUUUUAACACUAAAACUAAAAACAGGAACCAACAAAAAGCGCGCACAAUGGCGGUACAAAAAACUGGGCUAUGGAACAAAAGACUAGCACAAAGACUAUAAACUACAAACAUGAAACAAAAACACUUGCGCAGUGGCAUGAAUAACAAAAACUUACGUGGACAAAAUGGACAGCAUUGCAAGGCAUGAGGCAGAUAAUCGAGGGCGUGAAUGAGGUGAUGUUGCCAGAUUGGCUAACUGGUAACUGUGGCUUAAAUAAUGAACAUGAUGAGUGAAAACAGGUGUGAGACAAGACAGGUGAACUGAUUGGUUGUCAUGGUAACAAAACAGGGAGUGAAAAAAAAAGGAACUUAGAGUCCAAAGGGUCAAAAGCACCUGGUAUUCCUAGGCAGUCUCUCAUCCAAGUACUAACCAGGCCAGACACUGCUUAGCUUUGAGAAUAAGACUGGGGAUGCUCAGGGUAAUAUGGCCAUACAAAACUCAUGAUCAGACAUGACAGAAAACUAAAUCAGUUGGCAUGGCAAGACAAACAAGGAAAUGCAAAACAAAACUAAAUGUCCAAAAAACUAAACAUAGCAUGACCAAAACAAAACAUGAACCAUAGGCGUGACAGACCCUUAUUAAAAUAAAAACUAAGAAUCAUCUUUUGAUAUGAUGUACUUCGUCCAUAAGUACACAAAUGUGUACUUCAUGUUUGGUGACAUACUAAUUCUUAUUUUUACACUUCUUUUUUCCAAAUUCCAUCGUAUGUUAUACUCUUCUGACACCACCAGAUGGCAGUAUAAGUGUCCACAUACGCGGCCAUAAGACCCCAAUUCAGUAGUGCACACAAUUUUGUAAAUAACGGUGAAAAGGUGCUGUCCACGCAUGUGGCCACUAAGCCUUUAGUUAAACCAUAUCCAUUUGUAUUUGCAGUCCGCAAACUAUGUGAAAAUACCGUCUAAAAUGCCACAAAUUCAGCCAGCCAUUUUGAAUAUUCCGCUCCGAAUUUCUUCGGUAAUUUCCGGAGAUUCUGCAUCACUCUAGUAACGCUACAGCACUCUCACCAUAUUAUUAGGUCAGUCAUACUAGAAAUAUGCAAAAAUUGGAAAGAGAUGUGCUGUUUAUCAUUCAGAAUCCUUAUGUAAGACAAGAACACAUAUACUUAUCUUUUUCUAUGCAUUUGAAAUCCUAAAUAAAUUGCUAACAAUUGAGUCAACAGAGGGAUGGUCCUCUGUUGCGCUCAUUAUAUACUCUUUUUAAAAACAUCUAGAAACCGCCAACAACAGCCAAAAAGAUGCUUGUUGCGGAAACUUUUUAUUUUAACCCUCCCCGAGGAUUGUGAUUGAAUCUUCAUCUAAACGGUGUCGGUGGACAUCCCAGCAAGAAUGAAAAUAUUACAGUAAAUGUUUGUUUUAUUCUGGUUUGUUGUUGUUAGUUUGUAUGUUUAGCACCUAGCAAUGCUGCAGAUGCUAGUGUUGCUGUCAGCUUUCUGAAACUUAUUGCUCAUCCUCUUUGUGUUCGGCCUCAAAAAUGUGAGGUCCUGGGUCAUAAUUUUUCCAAAAUGGAUCUGUGGCUACUUCUGCUACUAUUUUGAUCAUACAUAUUUAUUCACAAACUUUGGAAGUCUUUUGGUGUCAUAAAUCAGAUCUAUAUGAUAAUAGCUUCAAUGUAGAGGCAACUUGUUUUUCACUCUACUGCUACUUUAAUAUUUUGCCUGAAUAGUACUGAUAGUCUGACAACUGCUGAAUAUAUAUUUUCUCAUAACCACAUUUCGAAAAUGUAUUGAAGAUAGUUUUUAGUUUGGUGAUCACAUUGUUGGCGUUUUGAAAGACUGCGUCAUUGCUGUAGUGUUUGUUUUGUGUAUGGUGUUUUGUAUCGCUUUGUUCUUGAAAUAAAGAUGAAGUUGAUAAAAGUG